AUGGGAGAAGAGGUAGCCGAUAUAUCUGCAAUAGUGGAGAGGAUAUCUGCUUUGCCAGAACCAAUUUUACAUCACAUCCUGUCAUUCCUUUCAUUCAAACAAGUUUCUCAAACUAGUAUUGUGUCUACAACAUGGGAAAAAUCCUGGCAUACAUUCCUGGUUUUGGAGUUUGAACUUACUUCAAUGUGUGGAGAAAACACUUAUGAACCGGCGCACAAUGAGAAUAAGAAAUGGAUUUACAGUUUGCCUCAAAUGGUUUUAUGUGCUGAAUCAGUAGAUGUGUUAAAUUUCGCUGCUGAUGAAGUCAUUGAGAAUAUACUUGCUGGAUGUCCUUUGAUAAAGGAUCUAUGUUUCCAGUAUUGUUAA